UGCAAAUUUACUUGAGAAUUGUUGAUUGGAAGCAAAACCGAGGCACAUCAAGCAUGAGAGCUUGAUUUUUGUUUCUUUCUCUUCUUCGAAAUCGCAUCACAUUUGCUUAUUUGAUUGUCAUCAUCGAAAUUAGCACUCCUGUACACAAGCGCCGGCAGAGUGUUAUGACAACGAUGGCGAAAAAGCACGGUGCUUUCGUUUCCGAACUAACGCCGUUAGAAGAGUUUUGUUUUCGUUUUCGAACAUCCUCCUACUCCGGCGAUUGGAAACCGAAUGUCAGCAAGGCGGCAUGGGUGUUGAAUCUCCAGCGCACGGAGCGUGUCAAUCCCAUUGUUGAAUUAUGAACUAACUGUGUUUACAAAACAUGGUAGGAAGAGUUUGAUUGAGUUUGUUUUUUUGUAGCUUUCUUUUUUAAUGUUGGAUAUUGUAUAUGAGUUGUCUUGUUUUAUGCAUUUCAAGUGUUUGAUAAAUUUCCUGAGUGGCCAUUCUUUAAUGGUUUAGUUUCAGUUAAGCUGCUCCUGUUGUUUAUCUGUCAGUUCUUUCUCUCUCUAGAUCUCAACCACUCUCAUACCAAGGAUUCUGUAUAUGUAUUGUCUUGUUUUGUGCAUUUCAAAUGUAAUAUAAAAUUCCUGAUUGACCUUUCUUUAUCUGCCUCUUGGUUAGGUUUCAGUUAAGUUUUUGUUUUUUUUUAAGUGAAUCAGUUAAGAUGAUAUGCUCCAUUGUUUAUCUGUUAACUAAGACCAUAAAAUUCACAAGUGUAUCUAGUACCUAAUAAUUCAAUUGCAUAUAAACUUAUUUUUUUCAUUGUACAUGUUCAUACAAAUUGGUGUAAGCUUUGAAUAGUCUUGUAGUGAAGAAUGGAUGUAAGCACCGCAUAUGAUGGUUAGGGAAGUCUGCAACAUGCACUCAGUCAAUGGAAAGUGCAAUCAAAGGUUAGGGUGGAAGACCUUUGAUAAAUUGUUUUGAAGGGAAGUAGUGUAUUUACAUUGGCAAAGAUAUAUCAAUUUAUAAGAGAAUGAUAUAUCCAAACCCAAGAGCAACCAUUUCCUAAUGGCCAAUUUGAUCUAGUGUAGUCCAUGGAGAUUGGAGAGCAUAUGCCUGAUGAAGCUAAGGGUUUUCUCCCACCAUCAGGUCUAUAACAUGCUUACCUUCAGAUUGUGAUUACAGGACUUAGAGCAGCCUUCACGAGGUGGGUGUUGCAGUGGUCCUGGCACUUGGCGUAACAUGCAUUCUGGUAUGGCAAUUAUUAUUUCUUGAUGUUGUUUUCUUGGAUGUAUAUCAAGUAUGAACUUAUGAUCUCCAUGAGAUAUUAAUCUUUCUUUUGAUGAUAUUAAGUUUAAAUAGGAUUAUUUUCAAUAGGAAUGGGAGCAAUUCCUAUCUGAGGUACUUACCUCCCCUCCUUUCUCUUCUUUCAAGUUUUAAUUUCACUAUGAUGCUGUUUUCUUGGAUGUGUAUCAAAUUUUGUCUAUAGCUAGAAGUCAAUUUUCUUGUAGUGACUUCAGAACAAUUUGAUUUCUUUUGCACCAGCGGAAUCAAAUCUGAACCAUACUUGUAUAGUUUGUGAAUAGCUCCAGUGGUCCUCUCAAUCUUUCGACCAAAGACUACUGUGUUUGCGCAUAUACUACCUAAAGUUAAUCUAAUCAAGUUUAUUAAAAGCAAAUUAGACAAGCAAAAUCAAUUAAAAAUAAAGAUAAGUAAAGGAUAAUUAUAUUAAAAAACCAAGUAAAAUACUUAGUCUAGUAUCUCAACAUUCCAAUGAUGUCAAAUCUAGUCCCUGACAACAAUGCUAGAAACUUACUCAAUCAAUGUCGUAUGCUUAAUAAAUGUCAUGUUGUGAUGAUGAAAAAGUGUGUAGUUAAUGGUGUUGCACUUAUCAAUGUGUGUGGAAAAUGAAUUAUCACAACCUUAUUUCGGCAAGUGUAUCAGUCAGUAAGUAAUAAAAUGAUGUGUUAAAUAUGUUUUUGGUCCCUAAACUUUUUGUGAAAUUCAGUACUUUUAGUUUCUAAACAAGUUUUUGAUCAGUCUUAAAUCCCUCAACCUUUAGUCCUUGCUGUCAACCCAGCGUGCACCGCACAAAUGGACCAGAUCGAAUCCCUCACUGACUUUGAUUGCACCUCCGACGACCGCUACAACUUUCCUCCGAUGUGCAUCACUGACCCUUGGGCUCACAAGUCUUCUUAUUCUUCAAAUCCAUAACCCCUAUUUGUUUCAUUAGAAAAAGAUUCAAUCUUGCAUUGCUCAACACCACCGCAUCACCCACUUCCCCCACACAAAACUAAAACCCAAAAACAGAUUCAAAAUCACAUCUUUGCUUCCACGCACACAAUUAUCAAUUGCAAAGAGAUAAGAGAUAAUGCUCAAUUGCUUUUUUUAAAGAGAGAGACAGAAUUGUGUUGGGGUUGUGUUAGCAAUGUGUGCACUUAGAUUUCUUCAGAAGGUGGCCACCGUUGGCUGGUCCAAAUCUACGCCAAUGUUUUAUAGAGAUAAAGUACUGAGAACACAAACAAGAUAUAGAGAGUGUGAGUGUGAGUGGAGAUGAAGACACGUAUGAGAGAAGAAGAAACAGAGAGGGACGGUCAUGGAGGCUGUAGACCCUCUGCGGCUGGUGGUAGAGGUAGUGGAGGAGUUUCAAAGGAGGAGAGGGAACUGCUCCUUUCACGGGGUUGGUGUCGCUGUUCGACGACAUCUAGAUUUGGUGCGGUGGGGGCAUUGUGAUUGUUGAGGGUGGAGAUGCAGUGGUCCUCAACAUGUUUUCUUCCGUGGCGGGGCUGCCACAAGAAAGACGAGAAAAAAACAAAUGCUGCCGCUGAAAAUUGCUUCCAGUGGCGGCAAAUGGUGGCCAGAGGAAUUGGAUAAGGGAGUUGCUGGGAGGGUGCAUGGAUCUAGUGUGGACUAUACUAUGGUAACAAGAUACAUCCUAUGGUUAGAAAUAAUGGUCCACUGGGAACCACUUAAUAUGUGGUUCACCGUAGCCUUCGCCUAUAGAUCACAUAAGUUUGUAAAACCAUCAGCGGUCAUAUAAUUUUUUUUGAAAAGCAGUGGCCAUUUAAUUGAUGUUGACUUUGAUCACAACGCGUUAAAAAAACAUUAUGUAAUGCAAUAAAUAUUUUAAUAAAAGGUCUUGUCAUUAAUGAGAAAUAUAUUUCAUUCAUGCCAUAUUAAUGAUAUUUAAUAAAUUUAGAUUCCAUAUGUACUUUUCUUUUAUUUCUUUGUUUUUAUGUAUUUAUUAUUUUUUUCUAGAAAAAGAUAUUUCAGAAGCUGUUUCUCAAGAGCUGAUGGUUUUUUAUUUAUUUAAAUUAAAUUAGUUUCACUUUUGUAACCUUUUAUGCAAACCUUUAGUUAAGACAGUUAGUUAGGGGGUUAUUAAGUUGAAUAAAUAGGAGGAUGAAGCUGGAGAGGAGGGAUUCAGAUCAAUCUGUAUCUUUAGUAAAUUGAGUGUUAUCUCUUAUCUCUUUGCUAAAGGUUCUUUUGUGAAGGUUUCCCCUUAGAGAUCGUCUUUCCAUUCACUGUUUUUCUGCAAUCAAGACAUACAAUAUUCUUACCUUUCUUUCUUAUUUUUGUUUUUUGGUUCCUAAUUAACAGUUCACAAUGCCAAAUAGAGGUUCUGUUUUACGUUCUUUGUGUUUAUUCCCCCUCAUUGUAUCCCAAAAGGCCAAAGUACGCAGAAACAAUGGCCAAAAGUCUCCAACAAAACCAAAGGCAGCACAACUUGAUAGGAUUAGCAUUCUGCCUGAUGAAAUAAUUUGCCAUAUCCUUUCAUUCCUCCCAACCACAGAGGCUGUUACUACUAGUGUUUUGUCCACCAGGUGGAGAUCACUUUGGACUUUGGUCCUUACUCUUGAUUUUGAUGACAAUUGGCCUUGCUUCUUCAACACAACCUUUGCUUCCAUUUUUGGCAGUAUCUUAGCUCAACACAAAGCAAAAUGCAUCAAAAGGCUUUGUCUAUAUAACUAUAGCAAACCCUUCAGCUUAGACUUGAUUGGCUCAUUGGUUUCCACUGCCGUGGCCCAAAACCUUGAGGAGAUGGACCUCAUUUGCAACUAUUAUUUUGAGGUUACUUUGCCCAACACACUUUUCACUUGCAAAACCAUUUCAGUUCUGAAGUUAUCACUUGGGUUGACAAUCAAUCUAAAUAACAUUUCAUCAAUUCAUCUUCCUUCACUCAAGGUUUUGCAUCUCGAUGUGCUUUACCUUGUAGAUGAUGAAUCCAUAAUGAGGCUUUUUUCUGGGUGUCCUGUUCUUGAAGAACUUUGUUAUGAGGAAGUGAAGUCUAAUAAUUCAACCUCGUUUAAAAUAUGCGUGCCUUCACUGAAGAAGUUACAUCUUAAGUGUCAUGAUAAAAGAGUGCAGGUAGUCACCCCUUCUCUCGAGUACCUUCAAGUGCAAGAAACUAAAGUCCAUGACUCUUUGGUUGGUAACUUGCCUAACCUGUUACAAGCACAUGCUGAUAUCUAUUUUGACCAGCAUGAAAAAGAGUAUGUGUUUAACUUUUUCAAUGCAAUUCGUCAAACUAAAUUUUUGGGGCUGUCUACUUAUACAAUAGAGGCUCUAACUGAUGCUAGCUUUGGAUUUCCAGAAUUUCACAAUUUGGUUCAUCUACAGCUUUGUUUAAGUACAAUUGACUCUUGUUCUCUAAUACAAUUGUUACUUGCUAGAUGCCCCAAGCUUGAAAUUCUUGACAUUGAUAAGGUUUAUGAGGAAAGUGAAAGAAAGUGGACACAGCCAACUGCACCAGUUCCUAGUUGUAUUAGCUCACAUCUUACUGCGUUUAAAUUUAGAGAGUAUGGUGGCUCCAAAUACGAGUUGGAACUUACAAAGUAUAUUCUAAAGAAUGCAAAGGUCCUCAAGACAGUGACAGUAAAGAUGGCGAAGUGGUUGGAGCCAAAUAAAACAAGUCAUGCUAUGACAAAAUUGGAUUCGUUACUAUCAUCCUCAAAGUAUUGUCGUUUGGCAAAUUAUCAAAUUCUGUGCCAAGAUUUUCCUUGAUGUAUGCAAUUCGUUCAGGUUGGUGACAAGCGAUGAUCACUAUGCGGUGACAAUUUGAAUGGUAAAAGAGUGUUUGACAUCAAUGAUGUUAGUAGUAGUUUCUGUCUAAUGUUUAGUUUAUAACUAUAUUUACUAUUCAUGUCAUUGUAAUAAAGACAAAUCAAAUGCACCCCUGUAGCAAUGUUAUCUCUAAAUUGGUUGAUUUUUUUUUAAAAGAGAAUGGUUAAUAAAUAGUAGAUUGAAAUUUCGA